CCAGGAUGUAAACAGUGAAAGCCCCUCUUCCUGCUCUUUCCUCUUUCCCCCUCCUGCCGGAAACUGGAUUUUAUUUAUAUUUGAGGCUGUAUUUUUGGACACUUUCUUAUACUGCAUUAGUAUACAGAGAUUCAUACCAGGGCUGCAAAGGAAUAAUCCUGAUUCUGGGGAACUGGCCAGAAAGAAAGACUACCUCCCCAGCCUCCAAAUCCAUGACCUCUUCGGUGUCUUCCUCUUGAAUCGAGGGAGAGACUGUGAGAGUCCAGAAAGGUUUUUCUGGCUUGAAAAUGGAUGAACUGCUAAGCCUCAAAACAGUGGUUGUGCCAGACGGACGAAGCAAAACACCUCACGUCCUCCAAUCUGGGAGCCUCAGGAAAUUCUCCAAAAGGACACCAGCACAGCAAAAGGUGAAACAAGAACCCAGCGAAGGCCUACUCCAGUGUUGGGAGGCUCAGUGGCAGCAGUUCCUGAAGGAAGUGGAGUCUCCUCACUCAGGAUGGGGAAUCCCGCCGCUGCCAGAGGAGCCCACGCCCUGGGAUGACACCAAAGCUUUCUUGACCUCUUUUGAGCAAGUGGCCAAAGCCUGCCGGUGGCCCAGGGGAGAGUGGGUGGCCCGACUCCUGCCAGCUCUCAGUGGGCCGGCUGAGUGGGCCUUCAGUGGCUUGGACGUGAGGGACAAGGGUGACUAUGGGAAGGUGAAGGUGGCCAUCUUGCGAGGGGAUGCCCUCAGCCGGGAGAAGCAACGCCAGCACUUCCGGCGCUUCUGCUACCAGGAGGCCGAUGGACCAAGAGGGGCUCACAGCCGACUCCAGGAGCUCUGUUGUCGGUGGCUGAAGGUUGAGCGGUGCACCAAGGAGCAAAUCCUGGAGUUGCUGAUCCUGGAGCAGUUCCUCAGCAUCCUGCCAUUUGAGAUCCAGAGUUUGGUGAGGGAAUGUGGGCCUGAUACUUGUUCCCAGGCGGUGGCCCUGGCCGAGGAGUUCCUGCGGAGGCAGCAGGAAACAGAGAGAUGGAAGCGUCAGGAGCUGAUACCAUCGGAGGAGGGAGAGAAGCGUUUUCCAGAGGUGGAGACUGCUCCCUUGGAUCCCAGCCACAGCCAGCCUCGCAGGGAAGCCAAGCAGGAGAGAGAAAGCGAGAGCAGCCUCUUAGAUUACAGCCAAGUGAACAAUGAACAGGAAAGACCCAGGCAAGUGGAAACAGCCUGGACAUGCCAAAGAAGAGCCCCUGAGAGUGGUUUUCCUGAACAUGAGCCAGGAACCAUUCCUCAGAAUCAGCACAGGCCAAAGAUUGAGCCAGGGAACCGCACCAGGAACAGACCAGUGGUCCCCAUUUCUUCCACACCAAACAAGAAGACCGUCAAUGAAACCAUGUUGCCACCGAUGCAAAACUCAAGCGGGGCUUUGGUGGAAGGCGUCCGACAGAACUCAGCCCUUUCCAAAGGAGAAAGCGCCCCUGGUCAGGAUAAGCUGUACAAUAAAUGUUCCAUCUGCGGCAAAACCUUCAGCAAGAGUUCCCACCUUCACUUCCACCAGCGGACCCAUGACGUGGAGAAACCCUACAAAUGUACGCAGUGCGGGAGCAGCUUCCACUCCCGCCAAGGCCUCAUUUAUCACCAGAGGAGCCAUGCGGGAGAGAAGCCGUACAAAUGCUCUUUCUGCGGGAAGACCUUCAGUCAGAGUUCGCACCUCCUUGUCCAUAAGAGAAGCCACACGGGGGAAAAGCCCUUCAAGUGCCUGUCCUGUGGGAAGUGUUUUAGCCGCAACUCCCUCCUUACCGUCCACGAGAGAACCCACACUGGGGAGAAGCCCUACAAGUGUUCUCAGUGUGGGAGCCGCUUCCAUUCUGGCUCUGGGCUGAUCAACCACAAGCGGAUCCAUGCUGGGGUGAAGCCUUACAAAUGUCCAGCCUGCGGGCGGGAUUUCAUCCGCAAGGCUCACCUCAUUCGGCACCAGAGCAUUCACAGCGACGGCAAGGCCAGCACUUAAGGAGCCCGCUCUGAGGGAAAGACAUCCUUCAAAAACCCCAGGAGGAAGGAAAGAGAAGCUGCCGCUCCCAUUUGAAUCCAUGCGAUAUUUUACCUCAUAGUGAAAAGAGCCCUUGAGGGCAGGGAGAGAAAAGCCCUCACACAGAAGCUAUCACUUGUAUUGAUGUCCCAUUGUGUUGCCUUCCUCCUGUUGUUCAGCAGAUCAAGAGCGAGCCCCUGAAGUGGGUCCUGCCCUCAGAAACAGACCCAGCGUCCGCAGCAAAAUGUUGUUUGUGAAGAGUUCAGCGUUUGUGCUCCAGCAGGAAUUUGCUCACCUGUUUUGUCCAGAAGGUAUCAACGCAAGAGGAAGAGGAUGUGUUGACACCUGAGGAAAUGAUGGAUUUGAAGUUUUAUUGUGUAAAAGCCCACAAAUGUACACAAUCCUUCUGGAUGGUAUUAGUGCAAGGGCAAGAGGACAUUUUGGCACUUGAGACAAUGGCCAAUUCAAAGUUUUAUUGUUGAAAUCACUAUCUACCCACUUCACCUGUGACAUCAGGUCCAAGAUGUGGCCUUAAAUAAAAAAAACCCCACAGGCCUGGCCUGAAUUGCAAACAGAUUUGUGAUUUUCAGUGUUCCAUUCUUACAGGUCAUCAAACAGAUCAAAUAUGUCCAAACCCCUGAUCAAUUCUGAGACAAGCUGACUUGGUUCUGGCUGGCCUCUGGUGGGAGGCAGGAUGUGAAAAACCAAUGGGCCUGAUCCAGCACCCCCGCCCUGUUGGUGUCUUAGGCAAAUGCCUAGUUUGCCUAGUGAGCUAUCCAAAAACAACUGUGCCAAAAAUACCAAAUACUUAACACAAAAUGCAAAAAUUGUAUCUAUUAUGAGAGUGCAUAAGCAUCCAAAACAAACAUGAGGCUGGUGUAUUAAGAAUUUCAGUAUUCUUAAUCCUGAAAAUGGGCGUGUAGGAGGACUUGUCAGGAUGACUUUAUGAGUUGGUUUAUGAAGAAGCUGCAUCGCAGCGGAACGUGGUGGCAAGCCGGUGAUCACGUGAAGGUGAAUUUCCCUUUGGAAGCCGACACCAGUGGGAGGACUCCGCGCUGCUGGAUUACUUUGAAGUAUUCUACUCUAAGAAGAUUGAUGAAUUGCUUUGGAGUCACCCUAUGAAAUGGAAUGUUUCUGCAUGGGACUUUGCUUAUUGGACUAAUAUAUUUUUAAUACUCCUGUGUGUUUUGGAUGCUUAUGCACUCUCAUAAUAGAUACAAUUUUUGCAUUUUGUAUUAAGAGUUUGGUAUUUUUGACACAGUUGUUUUUGGAUAUCUCACUGAUACUGUGUCGCCAUUGUUUCUUAUAGUUUGCCUAGUGGGCAGGCCGGCCCUGGAUAGGUCUAUCUAUGGUUACUAGCCGUGGUGACCGAGAGUCAUCUCCACAUUCAGAGGUACUAAAUCUCUGAAUCCCAGAGCCAGGGGCUCCUUCUCUAUAUACAACUUUUCUCCCAUUUCCCAAAGACUUUUUUCUUGUGUGUGAAAAUAUUGUGAGGAAAACAGAGACUGUCUUUGAGAAAUGGGAGAAAAGUUGUAUGUAGAGAAGGAGCGGAAGCUUAGGAAAAAACCUGCCCAGCAAAAGGCCUGUUGCUGUUUGUAUGCAUUUUGAAUAUUGAGAAGUAUUGGCUGCAAAACUGAAAGAUAUAAUUGUAAGCCACAUUGUUGGGGGAAGGAAACCAAGUCUUGUGAAGUUUGUGUAAGGCAUGGGCUACUUUCAACUAUUUUUGUACCUGUGAGCAUUUUUGUGCAUAUAAAAUAAGAAAAAAAAAAAUUGAGCCAUUGCAA